AUGGAUGAGGUUGUAAGAUUUCCAAUUGAACAACUUUACAAGGUGGCAGGUCAAGGUAUGUUUAAUUCCUUAAUACUGUUUACAUUUUAAAAUGUGCUUUUCCUACUGAUAUAAUGAAAAAUAAAUAAACACUUCCCUUUCGUAAAAUCUGAUUGGAACGAUCGUCACUGUUAAAACGUCUUAAUUUCUUCUUGUCUUCAGUUGAUUGCUAUAUAUUUACACGUCUUUUGUAUAUAUAGUCUUGGGCCAAAUGCUCGCCACAAUAAUAUAUGUCUAUAUUAUUGAAAAGUACUAAUACGCAAUCUGACUUACGGUUUCUUCAGGUUUAUUCUUAGUUACGGAUACAUAAUAAAACAACAAAGGAUGUUACCGGAUAGUGGACAUUCAACAGCAGAUGGUAAUUGCUGGACUUUACAUCCUUACAUCUUUACAUCGAGAGAGAGCAAGCCAAGAGAGAGCGACCUCGUGUCCCUUUGUUACUAUAUAGAAGUGCUCAUACUAACGUCAGCGUUUAACUCUAGCCAUAUAAGGACAAGACCCCCAAAUCCACAUUCCAGAGCUCUCGUACAAAGAAAGCCUUGUGACUUAUACCAUCUGUUACUUAUGUCAAUCCACACAUCCAUAUAUAAUCAAUAGAAACAUAGAAUAUGCAAUAUUCUACACCUUUAUCUUUAAUCAAUGCUUCCUUGUAAUAUUUGUAUCUAAAGGAUUGUAUCGAAGGCAAUAAUUUUUUGGUUUGAUAGAAAUUAACUGUAAAUUUAUGCUUACUUGACAUUGUAUUAAUUUAAUUAUUUGACUUUGUUAGGUUAAAGGGACACUAUAGUCACCCAGACCACUUCAGCUCAAUUAAGUGGUCUGGGUGCAAUGUCCCUCAGGUUUUAACCCUUCAGAUGCAAAUAUAGCAGUUUCAGAGAAACUGCUAUGUUUACACUUGGGGUUAAUCCAGCCUCUAGUGGCUGUCUCACUGACCGCCACUAGAGGCGCAUCUGCGACGCUAGAGGCGAAUUUCGCUUUCAUCGUGCAGAGUGUCCAUAGGAAAGCAUUGAGAAAUGCUUUCCUAUUGACAGCUUGAAUGCGCGCGCUGCGCUUGCCGCGCAUGCGAAUUCAGCUCCUGUGAUGUCAGACGGGGUGGAGAGGUCACCAGCGCCGGCGCUGGAUUAAGGUAAGUGGCUGAAGGGGUUUUAAGGUAAGUGGCUGAAGGGGUUUUAACCCCUUCAGCGCCACGGGAGGGGGACCCUGAGGGAGGGUGUUUUCCUGACACUAUAGUGAUCCUUUAAAUAAACAAUUCCUUUUAACGUUUACGGUUCAAAACAUGUCAAUGUUACAUUACUGCAUAUAUUCUUUAUCAUCUGACUCAAAAAAAUUGUAAAUAAAAAUGACAUAUUGCACAUUCUCCAGUAUUUCAAAUUUAUUGUCUACCUAAAACUCACUCGGUAGGCGGAGAUUUAGAGGUUUGCAUAACACUUCAGGGCUGGUUUUGUUCACGUGCCGUUUUAAUAAAUUAACAGUUACGUGUUCUUUAAUUCUUUAAAAUGGUUACUUGCUAUAUAAAGCUACUGGGCUUGAUCAGUGUUACCAUGAGCUAUGUAGCAACCGAUUGCCUCAGUAUCUGAUUAGAUGAGAUGAAUAUUUGAACUCUACCUGCCAGAAUCUCACCGUGCAUGAUAUGAUUUGUAGUCAAGCAGCGGCAGACAGCUUUUUUCACCCAAGUUGUUGAGAAACCGUUUUCAAAAACGUAUCUUGUUUUUAUUCUGUUUUUCUCUCUCUCCUUUCUGUUAAAAACAGAAACAAUUUAUGGUUUGUUUGUUUUUUUGUCAGGGAGUUAGAGUGUUAAUUUGCCAAAAAGUUGGUCCUUUCAAAUUUAAGACUGUUGGGAAUAAUACACUUUGCCUAUAUUGACCCAAGGCUCAAGCUACAGAUGACAGGAUGUUCAGUCUGUUUAAAAUUGGAAGAAUUAAAGUUAUGUGAACUAUUUAAUAAUAAUCCUCAUUGAUAUUCAAAAUGUGGUACAAAAAUCCUCUCUUCCAUUUUAAUCCAGAUGAUAACCAGAUUGUAAAUAAAGAAAAAAACACUUUGGAUUACUUUGCUUUAUUUAUUAUUUUAUGGUGUGUCUUUUUCUCCGCAGGUCAAAUUACAGGAGAGUGUCUGAUUGAUCUUUCUGUUGGCCCGAAUAUUUAUCACCUGUUGCCAAUUUUUGAGCAUUUCAAAGACAUCACUAUUUUAGAAUUUAGUGAUCUCUGUGUGAAUGAACUAGUGAAAUGGAAGAAUAAGGAGUCCAAAAGCUAUGACUGGACUCACGCCUUUUCGAUUAUGGCAGAAUUGCAAGGUACAAGGUAAGGAUCAAGCCAAUGGCCAUGUUUUUUUUUUUUUUUUUUUAUGAAUGAGAUCCUUUUUUAUGUAUCUGUUGGGCAGAUUAAACAAAGCUUGUUCUAGGAUUAAUUUUACAGUAACUAUGUAAGUGUAGUUAUUAUACCAAGGAUAUAUUAACACUGACUGGGAUAGUUUUUACAUAAACUAUAACAUCACAUUGUAGUGGUUAUGGUGCUAUUCGUAAGACUAUUAAUUGAAAGAAAAAAUAAUAAUGUUAAUCUCCUCCUCAGCAAAUAAAUGUUAAAAGGUCUCACCUCUUGUAAUAUAUUUAUUUUUUUCAUUAUUAUUAUUUUUUUUUUUAAGAAAACCUGGCGGAGUGCUUCCCUAAUUGCUCCAUGGAAGAGCCUUGAAUAUUAUUUUUUUUAAAAGUUAACAUAGUUUAGCAAAAUGACUUCAUACCAUGCAUUGCACGUCUAGUGUUUCAUGCCUUGACAUAGUAUUUAAAUGGACACUAUAGUCACCUGAACAACUUUAGCUUAAUGAAGCAGUUUUGGUGUAUAGAACAUGCCCCUGCAGCCUCACUGCUCAAUCCUCUGUCAUUUAGGAGUUAAAUCCCUUUGUUUAUGAAGCCUAGUCACACCUCCCUGCAUGUGACUUGCACAGCCUUCCAUAAACACUUCCUGUAAAGAGAGCCCUAUUUAGGCUUUCUUUAUUGCAAGUUCUGUUUAAUUAAGAUUUUCUUAUCCCCUGCUAUGUUAAUAGCUUGCUAGACCCUGCAAGAGCCUCCUGUAUGUGAUUAAAGUUCAAUUUAGAGAUUGAGAUACAGUUAUUUAAGGUAAAUUACAUCUGUUUGAAAGUGAAACCAGUUGUUUUUUUCAUGCAGGCUCUGUCAAUCAUAGCCAUUGGAGGUGUGGCUAGGGCUGCAUAAACAGAAACAAAGUGAUUUAACUCCUAAAUGGCAGUGAAUUGAGCAGUGAAAUUGCAGGGGAAUGAUCUAUACACUAAAACUGCUUUAUUAAGCUAAAGUAAUUUAGGUGACUAUAGUGUUCCUUUAAUAUAAGUUAUAUUUUACAUGGAAUUUCAAACAUUCCUUUUAGGUAUUGGUAAGGGAAUACUUUCAACAAUUUAGCAAAUUGUGUAACUGUAAUAGACAAUUCCAAAUGAGGACAAAAUGUUGUAGAUCACAUGCCGUAUUUGUAUCCAUUGUAUAUAUGUAUUAAAUAUUUUUCAGCUUCAAAGGGAAUGAAAUAGAAAAUGCUUUAAGAAGAAAAAUUUCAUGCAUUUUGAAAUGUGAUUUCACCAAGAAAAAUGUUACAGAUCCGGUUGUUUUACCAAAAGCUGACUGCGUGCUCAGUAUGUUUGUCUUGCAUGCGGUUUCUGAAGACCAUGACGAUUACGGCAGGAACCUGAAAACAAUUGCAUGCAUGCUAAAACUGGGUGGGCAUCUGCUGCUAUUUGGAGUAUUCAAUGCAAAAUUCUACUCUGUAGGCGAGAGCAAAUUUCACAUAUUACCAUCUGAUGAAGAGUCCAUAAAGAAGGAUCUGAGAGAAGCAGGAUUUGUUAUCGAGCACCUGGAGAUGGUAGAAAGCAAAAUACGCAAUGAGUCAACAUAUUGUGAACAUGUCUGGUUUAUUAAGGCCUUAAAAGUAAGCAAUGUAGUUGUAUAAAAUGUUAUUUCACCUAAUCUUCUAAUCCUAAUUAUGCUUACAACACGAAUCCUCCUUUUCCAGAAUGCAUUAUGAAGAUAAUACAUUAAUUAAUAAUUAAAAAUUAUUUAAAAAAAUAAAAAAGACUUACCUUUAAUAUUAUUAAUGCUAUUGACACUUGCACAGUAGUAAGCAGACCCUCCUUCAUCAGGAGGAGACUUACAAAUCUGGAUCCAGUCAUUGUCGUAGGAGACCUGUCCCCAUCCAGGGAUGACCAAGAGCUCAGUUCAUGUGGUACAUGUUGCAUGCACAUAUUGCAUACCGGAGUAACAGGUCUGGUGGUUGAGUGAUCCUUUAACAUUGUUAUGGCUAAAUUUAGCAUGAAUAACCAAUCCAUGAACAGAAUUAAUUUUGACAAAUUUUACUCCAUUCACUUUACAGUACAUUUACAAUACAUUUUGCUAGAAUGUAGUCAUGAGACACACAACAGACAGGAUUAAUAUAGGUACAAAAAACAAAAAUUUAAUAGUAGCACUGUCAAAAUCUACUAUUUUGGUUGUAGAAUGUGUACUUCUAUAUACAUGAUUGUACCACUGAUUAUAUUACUACUAGUACUGCUACUACUAAUAAUGAAUAACGUACAAAAGGAUUUUGAAAUUAUUGAAAUCUAAAAGCAUUUAACAAACACAAAUAAAAGGAUAUAAACAGUUCCAAAAAUUAUUUUUGUUGAAUAGUUCAUUUGUGGAUGUUUUUAUAUUGAUUUCAAGUUAAGCAAUCUUUGUUUUAAGAGAAGUUAAAUGGAAAAAGAAGCCAUAGGUAUAUUAUUAAUUAUUAUGAUGAAAUAACAAAAAUUACAAAAAUAUAUAUAUGAAAACAUUAAGAAGAAAAAAGUGAAUAAAUUAGAAGAAGAAAAACUGCCCUUUUUCUAAAUCACCAUAAAGCUUUAGGUGUUGUGUGCAGUAUAUAUAUUAGGAAAGCAACAUUUCAGGGGACAAUCCACUGCCCAAAUACAAAAUAAACAUCAUUGUUUAGUAGAUAUAGCCCAAAUGAAUACUUUUAUUUUUUUUUUAGGUUUAUCUAAAAACAGUUUGCCAAAGUUGUAGUUCUACCUUUUCAACAUAUAAGGAAUGCAAAAUCUCCUUCUUCAUGGACUUUAGUUGGAUCCAAAAGUCUGUGUGUUAUUGUGAUAGAAUAAAUGAUGUAUAGCAAUAGCUCCUCCAUCUUGUAUCGUUACUAGUUAACGGUUAAGUUAAGUUGUUUUUGUUUAUGUAGCAAUUAAAUCGUCUUAUACAGAACUGAAACUGUUCCAGGGAACAACACCUAAAGAUAGCAUGCAAGGCAUAUGAUUCUUGUUAAAAGUAUCAUGUAAAAACUGUGCCUACUUUGUUUUAACUGUAUAAAUAUGCACCGUUUGUGCAUUAAAAUUGGAAUCAUUUUAGACUGACUAUACUUUAUCUGUAAACUAACUUGGUGUCUGUGUGACUGAUUCUCCAAGCUCGUAAACUAUGCAUGCUGAUUUGGAGCCUUAAAUCAUACUGAAGUCAGAAGUUCGGUGACCUAAAACUUGGUGCCGAAACUCGGGUCCUAGCGACUGCUGCUCCUCCGGACCUCGAGAAAGGUGGACCCUCCAGUGACUGUGAAAUAAAAUUUGCAGCACG